UACUAAAGAAUGGAAGACGAUCAGUUGAAUUAACAUCUAACACCAGUAGUCUACAACCGUCAGUAGUAGCGCAAAGUAGUACAAAUGAUAACGAAAAUAGUAAUAGCAAUUUAUCAAUAUCAAGUAACCAAACAAAUGAAAUAAAUGACAAUACAAUGGAUGACUAUGAUUUAUCAUCAUUAGAUGAGACUGAAUCAUGGAUGUUACAAGAUUACAAUGAACAAUCUCAACAAGAUGAUAAUGGUUAUUACAAUAACAGCAAUAUCAAUGAACAACAACUAUCCAACACUUCAAAUAAUCUACUAGUUAUUGAUGAUUAUAAUACUCGUACAUCGUCACAAACAGUGUCCACUACAACAUCAUUAAAACGCAAACCCAACUUAUUGACGCAUUGGGAUUGGCUUUGGCCGUACAUGGUUCCAUGA